UAUACAAUACUCUCAAAUUAAAUAUGAAGUCCAUUAAUAUUUUGUGCUUCCUCUUGCUUUCAACUACCCUCUCUUUGGUUCCCUUUGUUGCCUUUUCUCGAUCUUUCACUUCUGACAAUCCCAUUGUCCUCCCCACAUCUACUCAUAAUCCUAUAGACCCUGCAGUGCUCGACGUGAAAGGCGUACCACUCAAGAUUGGCGAGAAGUACACUAUUCGGAAUGCUCACUUAGGAGUCGGACCCGUAUUCUGGGCCAAUAUUGGAGGCCAUAAAUGCCCAAACGUUGUGUCGCAGCGCAUUUCGAUUCCCCCUUUUCUCGGAAAAGGGACAUCCGUGAAAUUCGUUCAUAAGGCAUAUGGUGAUGUGAUUCGUGAAAUGGUUUCCAUUAAUAUCAUGUUCUCACCUGAUACAUCAGAUCCAUGUGCUAACGAAACUGUUUGGAAAGUUGAUGAUAAAGAGUUCCUGGUAACUGGUGGUACCCUAGGAAAUGAAAACAGCUUCUUCAAGAUUAUGAAAUAUGAUAAGAAGUCGAUAGGAUCGGAAAAUGUAUACAAGUUAUUGUAUUGUCCCCCUCAACUUAUGUGUAAAGAUGUGGACCUGAUCUUUCAUGAAAAUUAUACUCGUCUGGUGGCUGUCGAUAACGGCUCUCUUCCGUUUGUCUUCAUGAAGGCAUAGUUGAUUUCCUCUAAACUUGCUACCUAAAUAAAGUGGAUCG